AUGGAACAAAACGCAGCAGAGACACCGUCGCCCAGAGUAGCCGUGGUACUGUUCCUGUUAAAAGACAAAUGCGUCUUGCUGGGGCGGCGCCGCUCCUCCGUCGGGAACUCCACCUUUGCCCUCCCCGGUGGCCACCUCGAGUUCGGGGAGAGUUUCGAGGAGUGUGCGGCAAGGGAAUUGAAGGAGGAAACGGGUAUGGAGAUUAACAAAACGGAGCUCCUAACAGUUACAAAUAAUGUCUUCCUUGAGGAACCAAAACCGUGCCAUUAUGUUACUGUCUUUCUUCGUGCAACCUUGGCUGAUCCAGAGCAGAUGCCACAAAAUCUGGAGCCGGAGAAAUGUUAUGGAUGGGAUUGGUAUGAUUGGGAUAAUCUACCAAACCCAUUGUUUUUGCCUUUGGAUAAAAUGGUAAAGAGUGGCUUCAACCCAUUUCCAAUUGACUAG